GAUGCGCCGCUCACUCCCGCCGUAACACACACAAUAGACGACUGAGAAAAUCACUCAAGAGGAGGCAAGAUGGCUGAAUCCAAUGAGUGUUUCAAUAUUGGCAGCACAGUUAGUUGCAAAACUUGCUUCGGCGAAGAGCUGCAAGGCGAGGUGGUGGCCUUCGACCCUCACGUCAAACUCCUCACCCUGAAAGCAGCAGCAAGUAGUGGACGAACAUCUUUAUGUGACAUACGCAUGGUGAACCUUAGCUAUGUUUCACAAGUUACUGUAUUGAGGGAAGCGGCUGGAUCCCCUUUACCCUCUCUCCCAUCUCUAAAUCUUGCUAAGCUUAAUAGUCGUGCAAAGAGGAGCAUAGAGGAAAAACAACGAUUAAUCCAGGCAAUGCAGUCUGGGGUCUCUCCGGAUGGCCAGAAGCUGUUCCUAACCAUUUGUAAAACGAUAGAGGAGGUGACGUGGGUUGGGACCAACAUCCUGGUGAUGGGUCAGGUGCUCAUCUCGGCUCCCUACAUGCCAGAGAACGUCAGAGAACACAAGGAAGGCAAAGAAACUAAUGCCAAGACUCUUGGUUAUAUCAGGAAAAUAGUGGAUAAAUUCCAUAAGGACCAGCAAUCACUCCCUUUGAACAAUGGGACAAGUGCAACACCAGUAGUAGCAGAAGUACAGCCAGUGUCACAGUGAGAUAUAUGACUUAACCUCGGGCAUGUACAACAUCAAGGUGGGAGAUGGAGGCUCUCCCAAGUGAAUGUGCUCCAUUAUUUUAAUAAUUGCCACAAUGAAACAUGAGGAAGGUGUGAAGUCAUUACAGUAGCAGCAUGCAACAUCUGAAGGAUAGUAGAAUGUAUGUAGUGCAUGGUGAGUAUGUUAGGUGGUUAGCACAUAACUGACUGGAUGUAUGGAGCAUAAAAAUAUUUUAAGAACGCUGGCUUAGUAUACAGAUUACACAGUAGAUGCUUUUUGGUUGACAUGCUCUACUGUAUAAUUAGGAGCCCUAGGCCUGGUUGUUCUUUGGUACCGUUGUUGUCCCGCAAAGUGUCGAUACAAAUAUUGAUUUGUUUGUACACUUGAAUGUGGAAUAAGCUAUAUUGUUAUAAUUUUUUAUGAUAAAUAUGAAGUUCAAAACAAAGGUGUAUAAUGAGUGGAAUAAAUAAGAAAAGCUAUGCAUCCCACUCUGUUGCCAAUAUUAUUUAUAAUUGUUUCUUAUUGAAUAUAAGAUUUUUUUAUAAAAGGACACUAAUAGAUAAAAGUAAAAAGUUAAAAUACAAGAACAAAUUGCAGUCUUAGUGAAGAAUGGUUGAUGAUUUGUAACUUAUGAAUUGUAUAAACUGUCAGUAAAGACAUAGAGCUAUA